GUGCCUGUAUUUAUGCAUUUCAUGCGUACACAAAGGCAAUGGAUCAGAAAUAUACAACUUAUCAGAAACCUAUUGGGGACUAUCGUCGCAACCAUGAAGAAGCAAAAAGGAAAGCAGUAGCAGCAUAUGAAAGCCUUAAUGUUGGGAAUAUAUCUGGACAGAACCUUAAAGAUUUGGAACAAAAAAUGGAGUUGAAAAAAAAAGAAUGCGAACAACUUAACAAUCAGAAAACUAAAAAUGCUGAGAAGGAAAAUAACGCAGCACACGAUGCAGCAUUAGUAUCAUACAGUAACAAAAUGCAACAUGUGAGUAUGAAAGGAAACAAGUUGUUAUUCAUUUCAUUUUAAUAUUUUUUUAGACUC